AUGGGUCAAAAAUUUGAAAAUCGUGAAAUGAAUUUACCGGAAGCCGAACUUCUUACUGUUGAUGGUAUGCCUUUACCAUAUGUGCUUGUUGGUGACGAGGCAUUCCAAUUAACAGAUUAUCUGCUCCGGCCGUACCCUGGUAGAGGUAGCCUUAAUAAAGACAAAACUAUCUUUAAUUAUCGUCUCAGUCGUGCUCGACAAACUAUAGAAAACUCCUUUGGCUUACUAGUAAGUUUGUGGAGAAUCUUAAAGAAGCCAAUUGAAGCUACAGUGGACAAUAGUGUCAAUAUAGUGAAAGCGAUUAUUUGUCUUCACAAUUGGCUUCGUAAACAAGAUGAAGAAAAUAACUACAUACAAGAAAAUAUGGUAGAUCGCCAGGGAGAAAAUGGUUUUAUUCCGGGACGCUGGAGGGAUGAAGUUGGAGAACAUUCAACACUCCAAGAUUCAAGAAUAUAUGGAAAUCACUAUAGUUCUCGAACUGCUGUAACUAUUCGCGACGAAUUUUGUGACUAUUUUACUGCAGAAGGCGCUGUUCCUUGGCAAUAUAAUUGA